AUGGAUCAAGAACGUGUUUUUUCGUAUUUGAAUGAUCCCGAUUUACCUAAUGGACUUGAACAAAAAAAUGUUAUUAUUCAAAGAGAUCGUUAUGGAUAUGGUCUAACAGUUUCUGGUGAUAAUCCUGUUUUUGUAUUAAAUGUACGAGAAGGUGGUGCUGCUCAUCGAGCUGGAAUUAAUAUGAAUGAUCAAAUUAUAAAGGUUAAUGGUACGCGUGUAACGCAUUGUACACAUAUUGACGUAGUCAAUCUUAUCAAAUGUAAGUUUGUUUCUAUUUCUUUUAAUUAA